ACCGGCACGCACUCGCUGCGAGCGGCCAGCUGAAUCAACAUGUUUCGUCGCGGACCGCUGAGACAAUAACAAAUAAUUCACACACGGCGAAGACGUGCGCGCAUCUCGACAUCGAUGACCAUUUAAGAACAAUAAAUUAUGACGUUUGCAAGCAAUGAAAUACAAUGAGCAAUGAGUUACGAAUACUGUAUGAAUUGGCUGUGUCCACAAGGAAACGCCAAAACGUCGGCGAUAACAUCACCGAAAGAAACAGUGGAGGCUAGUCCGAUUGAGACGAUGGUAACCACGGGACCAAACCCUAGUCCAGGUAGUUCAAACUCCUGUGAGGACGCUCAACCGCCUCCGAAGAAUUGUUACCGAUUGGUAAUGUUGGGUUCGGCGCGCGUUGGAAAAACUUGUCUUGUUGCGCGGUUCUUAGGCGGCAAAUUUCACGAUAGUUAUACUCCGACGAUAGAAGAUUUUCAUCGUAAACUGUACCGAAUUCGAGGUGAAAUGCAUCAGUUGGAUAUUUUGGAUACUUCAGGAAAUCAUCCGUUUCCAGCAAUGAGAAGAUUAUCUUUUCUUACAGGAGAUCUUUUUGUGAUUGUAUUCAGCAUGGACAGCCGAGAAACAUUCGAGGAAGCAGUGAGAUUGCGUGAGCAAAUUCUCGAAACAAAAGGUAACGCCGGAGGUGCAAAUAAUCCUGUUUUGGGACGAAAGAAAACACCUCCUCGAGUACCAAUUGUUCUCGCUGGUAAUAAAUGCGACAAAGAGAUGAGAACUGUAACUGUGGAUGAAGUGCUUGCAUAUUGCGAAUCGCAGGGUUCGGGUUGCGCGUUUGUUGAAACAUCAGCAAAACGUAAUCUGAGAGUAGACGAAGUUUUCUAUCAACUUUUUGUGGUGGCUAAUCUACCGCUUGAAAUGGCGCCUAAUCAUCACAAACGCGUGAGCGCAAACUUUGGCUCGCCGUGUCCGCUACCGCCCCCAGUGCAACAGCAACACGCUAAGAAGUAUACAUUAUCAGUAAAACGCCGCCUCAGCGAUGCUUGCGGUGUGGUCACCCCAAACGUACGCAGGCCUAGCAUUCGAACGGACCUAAUGAUUAUGCGAACCAAAACAAUCGGCGGCAACGAAACCAACGGCAAUACAAUCAACGUGCUUCGGCGUGUUGAGCAAGGUUGUGUUAUCACUUAAUUUAACCCGUACAAGUCAGAAAAAAAAUGGUAAACACACAAAAUGUAUUAAUAAUGCGCGACAAACUUUGUACUUGCAUAUAUCAAAAGAAUGUUUGUCACUAUGUGUCUUCGUGUAUAACGCAAACCAAAAUGUAACGACAUUUGUUGUGAUUAUCAAAUGGAACAAAUGGCGAUAAAAAAAAAAGUAAUGUUUUACGUUGCAUAAUGUGUAUACCGUGAUGCAAAUAUUGUUCGACCAAAAAAAUGAAAGCAAAUUGUAUUUCAAAAGACGUGUUUCUGAUUUGUGUAUUUUUAUAUGUAUAUUUGUGAAGAUUUUUGAUGUUGAUAUAAUAUUACGGGCAUGUUUUCAAAAGAAAUGUUACAUGUUGACCAGGCGUUAUAAUAAAGGGCAUUUCGAACAAUA